CGCGAUCCAGCUGUGUCGUGCUUCUGCCACCCCUGUCCUGAAAGCUUCCCCCCCUCCUUUCUUUCUGCCAUGUAGAAAACUUGGUUGCUCUCCUUUUCGAAGUUAAUAACUCUCGUUUUUGUUCCUUUUACGCUUCUUUUCUUUUCUUGUCCUUUUUCACCUUUUGCGUCCUUUGCUUUGCAAAAAUAGCGACUCCGAGCCGCGCCUUCCCGGUUGACUUUCACCCAAUACGUAAAGAUCGCCUGCCACUGUUACUCUACGAUUACCAUCACCAAUCACGAAGAAAUUGGCCGUCGCGCAGGUCAUUCUCAGGCUUAUAACUGAUCUCCUUAUACAAAACCACGCUCAUUCUCCGCGAUCGAACCCCACAAAGUCCUAUUAUCGCAGUCCUGCGCAGUGUCUACAUCAUCACCACCUCCUAUCUUGCCACGCGCCGGGCCACCCCCAUCACACUGGGUUUCGCGAUACCCCUCGAUAUCGGCCUUGCGUAUUCUUCCAAUAACAUCGGCGCAGGACAACUUCUUCCUGGUGCGAAGAAUCCAGGUCUAUUGUCACUGCUAGCCCUCCAACAUGGCUCCCAGCUUCCUCGGCAGCCUCCGUCGCCGCUCGCGGGCGAGCUUUAAAACGGACCGUUCUGUCGACAACCUGAGUGAUGAUGCCCCCAGUAAUGCAACACCAUCUAGUGGAUCUUUAACGCCUCCAUCUAUCUCUCGAAACUCGGAUCCGGCCUUACAUCUCCACGUAAAGGAUCAAAGCAACAGGCGAUCCCUCUUGCUGUCUUCUAGUGCCAAUUCUAGCAGAAACAGCAUCAACGGCAUGCCAGGGCUCAUCUCCUCCUCCUCAUCUGGGAAAAUCAGUGCGCCACCACUGUCUAAAUAUGCACCCCGCAUAUUCAAUGCAAAUGAAAACUCUUGGGUCUAUCAAAGGGUCAUUCUUCUAUACGGUAAAAUUGGUGAUAACCUCCCUUGCCCUAUUGACGGCACCAUAACCGUCAGCCGCUUUGACGACAGUGUUCCUCCCACGACGUGGCCAGUAUGUGAAUCCAACUUCAAAGUACUAGUCUACUUACAACCCGGACCGAAUAAGAUACGUUUCGACUUUUCGAACCCUAAACUUGCCAACGCCUCUACAACCCAUGUACACUCUUCAUAUCUCACCCUACAUAUGGUACCUCAGCUCAGUGCCCCUCCACUAGAUUUGGCGAUUCUAAUAGGCAAAGACUCGCCUGGCCUAUAUGAUUCCACGCCUACAAGAGCAGAGCGUGAGGGAAACGGGUUACAAACAGCUGUGAGAAAGUUCCGAAUGGCUGCCUACCUCUGGCAGGCAUUCACAGCAGAACAAAUGUGGCGCAACAACCUUGGCAGGAGAGCCUUCAGAUUUGAAGAAGAGUGGACUCAGGGAACGACUAGCUUAAGGGAUCUGGAGAACGCAACUCAGCGAUCUGAAGCACGGGUGCACAUUAUUCGAAGCAACUAUACGGUGGAGGAAUUGAGACAGAUGCAAACGUCUCAACAACACGGGGAAGAUGCGUCUCAAGAUACCCUGUUUGCUGCCGCAGCAGAAGAUGUCAAGGCCCAUUUCAGCCCCCUCCAAGGCCAAAAACGCUACGUCUCAGUGAUGUUGCUUGAUUCUCAAUGGGACCCUAUCAAUAAGGUUGUCCGGGGGCACACGGCGCAAGCAGGCACAAUCGGAGACUUGCACCUGGCGACGUUUGGAUCGCAUUGCCUUCACAGUUAUCCUAGCACGCUGGAAGAGGUGGUUUCUUCAUUCACAGAUUGUACGCCUACGGACGUAAAAUACGUAUCGAAUAUGAAUAAUGAAAGCGGAAGCUCAUGGGAGGCUGCCAACGUUGGUAUUGGCGCCCAUUUACACGAAAUUGGCCACCUCUUUGGUUGCUCCAACCAAGAGGAAGGUAUUAUGCUGAAGGACUACGUGGUAUUAAACCGCUCUUUUGUUCCACGCGAGGCCUACUCUACCAGAACAAAGUCGAAAGGCGGUCUUGCAUUGCAGGCGGAUGAGUGCGCUUGGCACAGGCUUGAUUGUCUACGAUUCCGGUCACAUCCAGCUUUUGUUCUACCAUGCGAUGCUCCAUUUGCAGGUGACAACGGGGUACAAGCUUUUGCUUUGGAAAAUGGCGAUAUCACAGUAACGGCAGCGACUGGCAUCUCAUACAUCGAGAUUUACGCCGAAUCUGACCAACAUUGUCGCGCUUGGAUAGAAUUUCCGCCACGGGGCUCCCAGGUUAAGCGCGAGGUGACAUUGACUGAAGAGGACCUCCGGUCUCGACUUGGUGCCCCAAAAAGCAAGGCCCCUAUCCGAAUCUCCGUCAAGUCGCACGCUGGUGCCUCGCUCGAUAUCGUUGAUAUAAAACAGUUUACCAGCAAGCAGAAUACAAUUAAGCUUGAUAAUGGUAAGCGGGCUACGCGGAGUCUCCCCGUUGGGAAACCCGCUCUCGGUGCCAAACAUGAAACGCUUGCAUUGAAGAACGCUUCCAGACCAGAUAUGGCUCUCACUCGCAUUGUGGUGUUCAGCGGCGCAACCAUCAUGGGCAUGGAGUUCACAUUCGAUGACAACACUACGCAAAUAUUUGGCACAAAAGGCGAGGACGCCAAUGAGGAUGCAUUAGAUUUCGAUGUGCGCCGCGGUGAAUGUCUAGCGGGAUUUGUCGUUCGUUUAGGCGCAAGGGGGAUUGAGGGAAUCCAAAUCAUGACCAGUGUGGGGAGAACAUCUAACGUAAUUGGCAACAAAGCCAUUCGAAAAGUGUAAGUUCAGUGUUCGAUAUACAUUGUGAUCAAGACUGACAAACAUAGGCACACAAUUAUGCCGCCUCUCGGGUUCCGAGUUUGCGGUCUUGCCGGCAGCAAUGGCGCCUCUCUAACAGAGCUGUCGAUUCUUAUGCAACGAUAGAAGAAACUAAGCAUUUGUUCAUUAUUAAACCAUUAUAAAACGUUGAACAGCAGCGCUUUAACAGAAUCAGUGGAUCGCCGAAUUGUUUAGUUGUUUGGGACUGGUAUUAUAUUGACAAAGUCCAGUUGAGAUAUCAAAUACGGCUCAACCGUUUUAUUUCUUUGAGCACACGUCUUAGUCUUAUGUAUAUAGUAUGUUAUAUAUAUAAAUAUUUCUUGCACUUUACGA